AGUGGGGAAUAUCACAGGGACAGGGUGAUUGAGCUUGAACGCUAAAUAACGACAGCUUGUCCCAAUCACUUAGAAUCCAUGGAGGUUAACCCCCAAGAUUUUCAAAAUAGAUUAAUCCAUGGUGGUUUAAUAGAUCUAGCUAGAAGCUAAACAAGUAACCUUUUCUUGAUAAGCAGCAGCUGCUCUGUGGUCUCUGUACUACAUCAUAUAAUAAAAAAACCAAGCCAAGAAAAGCCAAAAGCAUAACGUCUUGCAGCGUGCUACAGAGAGAGAGAGGGAGGAGAUGGAGCGAGUGAACAGAGGAUGUGGGUCUGGCUUGCCUGUCUUGAUGGUGGUUACUUUGGCGGUGGUGCUAAUGGUGGUUUUGGUACCUGAAGUGUCUGCAACUAGAUGGAUUGUAGGAGGUAAUAUGGGCUGGACUACCAAUGUGAAUUAUACUGUUUGGGCUAAAGACAAGCAUUUCUACAAUGGGGAUUGGCUCUUUUUUGUGUACGAUAGGAACCAGAUGAAUGUGCUAGAGGUGAACAAGACAGAUUAUGAGUCAUGUAACUCUGAUCAUCCUCUUCACAACUGGACUAGGGGAGCCGGAAGAGAUGUGGUUCCACUGAAUGUGACUCGCAACUACUAUUUAAUCAGUGGUAAAGGGUUCUGUUUUGGUGGAAUGAAGCUAGCUGUUCAUGUUGAAAACCCACCUCCCCCUCCUACAGCUGCCUCCUUGAAUGAGAACAGUGCCUCUCCAAGUUUCAAUCUCAGAGGCCAGUAUGUUCUCCCAGCUGUUCUUGCUAUUGGUGCUUUGUGGGAUGCAUUUGUCCACUUCUGGUAGUAGCAUUUUCUAUAGCUUUCUUAUGAGGAUCCAUACCAUCUCCUACAUUUCUUCAACCUAUUUGUGAAGGGAAAUCGAGUUGUCUUCUACAUUUUUUCUUUCUUUCUUUCUUGGGGUGUUGUUUUCUUUAUGGUAGUUUGACCUGAAAUUGGGUUUGUCUUGAUUAAGGUUGUUCAUCUGUGCUUGGUGUUAAUUUAAUCUGCAUCCUUAGAAAUGUUGGCUAAAUCAAACAUUAAGGAUUGCUUUCACUAUUUAUUGGAGAAUUCAAUGCUUACAUUGUGCA